AUGAAGAGGCUGACGUCUCACGACGUUGAUAUAUCUCCUAUAGAGUCCCCGGGCGAAUGGCACAGCGCGACAUUCUGGGUACUGGUAGUGGGCGCGUCGGCGCUCGUCGCCGUCGCACUUGCUGCCUUCGCUUGCUGGGUCGCUCGACGACGCUCAACGCUUGCUCACAAACUUGGUGGUAAACGCGGGCCAGAUAAGGCGCUGGUAUUCCAGCCCCCGCGCCGCGCCACGGCGGUGAGGUCCCCGGGCUCGGCCACGCACUACCUGCGCAAGUCUCCCUCUCCGACGGCCGCUGCGCCCCCCACUGCCUCACCCCCGCAGCCGCAGCCACCGGCUAACCCGCCCUCCGGUGGUAACAGCCCACACACGCCGACCGCCCCUGAGCCCGCACCUUUAAGCAAGGAGUUAGCGGACGCGAAUGCCACUGAGAAGCCGAAGCCCAUCGAACCGGAGACUACUACUGAUGGAAAACUUGGAGAUUUGCACUUCAAAUUACGGUAUGAGAAUGAGAAGAGCGCACUGGUCGUGUCGGUGGUGUCCUGCCAGGGGCUGCCGGGGCGCGAGCCGGCCGGGCCCGACCCCUACGUGAAGCUGCAACUGCUACCGGACAAACAGCAUAAGGUCAAGACUCGAGUAGUGCGCAAGACUCGCUGCCCCGUGUACGAUGAAGACUUUACUUUCUAUGGCAUCGCCCCGCACCAACUCUCUGCGAUCACUCUACACUUCGUCGUCUUGAGCUUUGAUAGAUACUCGCGCGACGAGAUCAUCGGCGAGGUGGUGUCGCCGCUGUCGGCGCUGGCGCUGCACAGCGGCGAGCCCAUGGCGCUGUGCCGCGAGAUACAGCCGCGCAGUCUCAAGAUGCGCAGCGUGGGGCGCGGCGAGGUGCUGGUGUCGCUGUGCUGGCAGCCCGCCGCCGCGCGCCUCACCGUGGUGCUGCUGAAGGCGCGCAACCUGCCCAAGAUGGACGUCACCGGCCUCGCCGACCCAUACGUAAAAAUGUAUCUGCUGUACAACGGACAACGCAUCGCCAAGAAGAAGACGCACGUGAAGAAGCGCACGCUCAACCCGGUGUUCAACGAGUCGUUCGUGUUCGAGGUGCCGGCCGCGCCCAACGCCGCGCUCGACCACGUCGCGCUCGAGCUGCUCGUGCUCGACUGGGACCGCGUCACUAAGAACGAGGUGAUCGGCCGCCUGGAGCUGGGCGCGGAGGGCGCGGGCACGGCGCGGCACCACUGGCGCGAGGUGCAGGCCGCGCCGCGCCGCCAGAUCGCGGACUGGCACAAGCUGAAGGAG